AUGCGUCAGGAGCUAAAGGCGUGGGGAACAAAUGUGAAGUCUCGUCUACUCCACAGACCCAAAACGACCCAACCUAGCAAAGCAGGGAUUACUCACGAUGACCCCACAUCUUUGUCUCCAGCACCACCCGCAACCAGCCAACAUAUCAUAAACCAGGCCAAGGAAUCGCCCUGUCCUCAAGAUUUAUGGCAAGCUGCAUAUGACCAGCUAGACCGGAAGGAACAGCAGUCUUUGUCCACGUUGAAAUUCAGUCCAAACCAACUAGGAGACAACCAGAAUGGGCAUUCCCCCACAGAGGCCAUUAUAGAGAAGGUCAUUCAGGGGACCAAACAACAAUACGAGGAAUACCAAAAUGGGAGUAUCAGGAUCCGGAGGUCAACAGGCGAGGAUAUUGAUCUUCGAAAGCUGUCGCGCAACAUUAUCGAUGCGGCAUUGUCCUUCAAAGAUAUUGUUAGUGCCGUUGUCACUUAUGAUCCCAGCUGUUAUGCAGCAAGCGCUUGGGCUGUUGUCUCGCUUGGUUUGACAAUGACCAAAAACCGAUUUGACCUGCGUGAUGCCCUAUUUGAUUCAUCGGAGUUUCUGGCAGAUGUUCUUGCCCGGUGUGCCUAUGUUGAAAAACAAAUCUAUAGUGAUGAGGCUUGGAAAAGAGCCGAAGUAGGACACGCCAUUAUUGGAGUUUACAAAGUAAUCCUCCAAUAUACAACAGAAGUAUUAACUGCUCAACAGCCCAGUAUGGGACAGUGGAUACAGGAUACUAUUGUCGGAAUAACCAAACAACGUCUCGCGGAACUCCAGUCAUCUGUCAAAGAAAAAGAGCAAUACCUGCAUCAAUGGGUUCAGAUGGAUCAACACUUGCGCCAUAAUGAACAAGCGGAACUUCUUUUAAGCCAAUGUGACAGAAUAAUAGAGUCUGUGCAAUCACUCAUUCAGAAUUUCAGCCUCCCCAUCGCAGAAGGAGCCAGCUAUGACUCCUAUGAUAAUCAACAUGAAGAUAAAUGCCUUCCUCAGACCCGGAUUGAACUUCGUCGACAGAUUAUAGACUGGGCCGGGUCGCCAGAUGGUAAAUGUAUAUUCUGGUUAAACGGUAUGGCAGGCACUGGAAAGUCUACUAUUGCCCGCACAGUUGCACAGUCUCUGAGGGAAAGGGGGCUACUGGGAGCAAGCUUCUUUUUUAAAAAAGGAGAGGCGGAUCGUGGUAAUGCGAAAAGAUUUAUAUCGACACUUACAAAGCAACUAAUUACCAGUCAGCGUCAGUUAGUGCCAGGUAUCGUGGCGGCAAUUCAGAACGAUCCAGAUAUUGCCUCAAAAACCCUUGACCAGCAGUUUGAGAAGCUUCUCCUUCAGCCAUUAGCGAAUCUGACACUAGAUGAACCUGCAUCCACGGUGAUUGUGAUAGACGCGUUAGAUGAGUGUGAACAAGAAGACGACAUAAAGGUUCUUUUGGACCUCUUGCCACAGGUGCAGCAAUCUAGGUCUCUACGUCUACAGGUCUUGGUCACGAGUAGACCCGAGUUUCCCAUCCGGCUUGGGUUCCAACAUCUGGAACAUCAGAACUUGGUGCUUCAUGAGCUUCCUACUCUAGUGAUUGAACGUGAUAUACGGCUAUUUAUCCAAGAUCGGCUGGGGAAAAUACAGCACGAGCAUUCAUUGUCCCCUGGCUGGCCAGGAGAAGAUAUCACGGAGACUUUAGUGUCUAGAUCCGUCCCUCUCUUUAUCUUCGCCGCUACCAUGUGUCGCUUUAUCGGGGAGAGAUAUCAGGUACCGGAAGAUCGUCUUGAUGCAGUUCUCAAGGAUUCAGCAUCUACAUCUGGCUCCCAGAUGGAAAGAAUAUACCUACCAAUAUUGAACAAACUACACGAGGAGACCGAGACAAGCGACUUUCCAAAACAACUACAGGAUGUACUUGGAGUUAUCAUUCUUCUGGCAGCUCCCCUUUCAGUUGAGGCCCUCGCACGACUUAUUGAUACUCCAGGAAGAAGAAUUCGCGCUCGUUUAGCAGCAUUUCACUCGGUUGUUAGAGUGCCUAGCGACGGUCAUUCCCCGGUCCGCAUUCUGCACUUGUCAUUACGGGAAUUUCUUCUCAACACAACAAGUAUUUUCCAUGUCAGCGAAAAGGCAUCGCACCGGAAAAUAGCAUUACACUGCCUUCGCGUCAUGGAAUCCGGGCUCAAACACAAUAUCUGUGGUCUACCAAGCUAUGGGACACAAGGUGCAGAGGUUGAUACUCAAAGUAUUACUACUUAUCUCCCAGCAGAGUUACAAUAUUCCUGCCGUCACUGGGUGUAUCAUUAUAAGCAAGGUAAUGACCAGGUAUACGAAAACGAAAUACAUACAUUUCUAAAGAGACACUUUCUUCACUGGUUGGAGGCGAUGAGCUUGAUGGGUUCGAUAUCGGAAGUGGUCAGUAUGAUAAACACACUACGGUCAAUGACACAAAGCGACAUAUGCUCCGAGCUUUCGUUAUUCUUGGAUGAUGCAAAGUCUUUCGUAUUGAAAAACUAUCACAUCUAUAACGAUUUUCCACUCCAGCUAUACUGCUCCGGGCUGGCGUUCCUACCAACACACAGCAUCAUCCACAAAACAUUUCAGGAAAGCCAAAGAUGGGUGCAUAUUAUACCACACGUGGAAAGUUCAUUGAGCGCGGAGUUACAGGGCCAUCCCGACCGGGUUCAAUUGGGAGACUCCCCACCGGUUGGCCAGAUGAAGGACAACACCAUCAAGCACUGGGACUAUUCCAACUCAAUCGUGUCACUAGUCUUCUCACCCGAUGGCCAGAUCAUCGCAUCCGGCAGCAAGGAUAAUACUAUUAAGCUGUGGGAUCCCAAUACUGGUCAACAGCUGCGCAUCCUAGAUGGCCAUUCAGACUCGGUUGCGUCGGUAACCUUUUCAUCGGAUGGAAAAAUGCUUGCCUCUGGCUCCUAUGAUUGUACGAUCAAGCUCUGGGAUAUCAAGGCUGGCCAGCAGUUACGUACUCUAGUCGGUCACUCUGCCUCAGUUGUGUCCGUAGCUUUCUCCCCGGAUACCCAGAUACUUGCCUCUGGUUCCGACGAUAAUUCUGUUAGGAUCUGGGACACCAAAACCGGUAAACAGCUACGCACCUUGGAGGGCCAUCGCGACUGGCUUCAAUCAGUGGCUUUCUCACCGGAUGGUCAAACAAUUGCCUCAGGUUCCUAUGACAGUACUAUCAAGCUCUGGGAUACCAACAAGGGACAGGAGCUGCACACCCUGGAGGGCCAUUCUGGCCUAGUUGGCGCAGUGGCAUUCUCACCCGAUGGCCUUACGGUCGCCUCCGGCUCCUAUGACAAGACUAUCAAACUGUGGAACCCUACAACGGGUCAGAAAUUGCGCACCCUGGAAGGCCAUUCUGGAAUAGUUCGAUCCGUGAUCUUCUUCCAUGACAGCCAGACCGUUGCCUCCGGCUCCUAUGACAAUACCAUUAAACUCUGGAACACUCAAACAGGCCAGGAGCUACGCACCAUAGAAGGCCAUUCUAGUCCAGUUCGAUCCGUAGCCCUGUCACCGGAUAGCCGAAUAAUUGCCUCCGGCUCCUACGAUAACACCAUCAAGCUCUGGGAUACCCAAACCGGUCAGCAACUACGCACGCUGGGGGACCAUUCUAUCCCAGUUGACUUCGCACUGGAAGGCCAGACGGUGGAAUCAAGCUCUCUGCUAUCGGUAGAGGAUGGCUGGGUUUGUUUUGCAUCCGAAAAGGUCUUAUGGCUCCCGUUCGAUUAUCGUCUGUUUUCCUCUUCCGUGGCGAAAGGGAAUACGCUUGCCCUUGCGUAUCCAGAUGGACGAGUUUGUGCCAUGGAGUUUGGUGCACCUGUGAUGUAG